UCCCUCGGAUACCUUAAUCCUGGAAGCCAUGGCAACUUCUCCGAGCUCAGUCUUUUACCCAGUUCUGUUCCUUUUCCUUGUCGCACCUUGCUAUGCAGCCGACCCUGAUCCAUUACAGGACUUCUGCGUCGCCGACCUCAAUUCCUCUGCCUCUGUCAAUGGCUUCCCCUGCAAACCCAGCUCCGAGGUAACCUCCAGCGACUUCUUCUUUGACGGGUUCACAAAGGAAGGCAACGUGAGCAAUGUUUUUGGGUUGAGGGUUACAUCAGCAAAUGUUCUCUCGUUCCCAGGGCUAAACACGCUAGGGAUGUCAAUGAACCGAGUCGAAUUUGCACCAGGAGGGCUCAACUCUCCUCACUCCCACCCUCGUGCCACCGAGUUGGGUGUGGUCGUGCAGGGGAAGCUCCUCGUGGGGUUAGUGACGACGAGCAACGUGUUCUACUCGAAGGAGGUUGGUCCUGGCGAGUUGUUCGUGAUUCCUAGAGGACUGGUUCACUUCCAGAGGAAUAUUGGAGAAGGGAAGGCACUGUCCUUCACUGCCUUCAAUAGCCAGUUGCCUGGAGCUGUGUUCACUGCUCCUACUCUGUUUGCUGCAACUCCCACAGUUCCUAAUGAGGUCUUAACCCAAGCUUUCCAAGUCGAUGAGAAUGUGGUAAAUCAGAUCAAAUCGAAGUUCGGUACUUGAAGUACACGAUCGGCAUGAAGUCAAUUUUUCUUUUUAUCUGUUUCAUUUGUGUACGUGGAACAAGCAAUAAUGUUCAAAUUCAUUAGAAUUUAACGAGUACAGCAAAUAAUACAGCAGCGCAAUAAUAUUUCUUCUGGUAAUCAA